GUGAGCGGGCGCUGCCUCUGUUGUGCAGAGCUCCUGGCGCACACAGUGCACCGCGCACCGCGGCGCAGGUGGACACGAGACACGGACUUUGAGCUAAACUCUUUCUUUUGGACUACUACUAUAACUUCUUGAGAAGUGGACCACCAUGAAUACUGCAUCCUCCCUCACCUCCCCCCUUUAGCUGAAAGAUGGCUUCUUUACCUGCAACAGUGGACAUCAGUUGCCCCAUAGCACUGCACUGGCGACUAACACCAACAUAACUCGUUUAGGAUAUAUAUUUCUUUCAUAAACAAAAAUGAAACGUGGCACAGUGGCACAUGUCCAGGACAGUAUUAUAGUAUUUGGACCUUGGACUAUGAACUGAUUCUGAGUGGGUCCCAUUGUGGAGGAGCUGGAGUGAGGGCUCUCUGGACUCUGAACAUGUCUCUACUCCCAGCUCUGAUUACUGUCUGUGGAUUAUUGCUCUGUCUGUCCUUGUGUUCACCCAACGCUCAAUACUGCACCCCACGAAAGACAGUCCCCUACAGCAAUGACCUCAAAUUGUUUAAAGAGGGUGGUGUCUUUAACUACUCCACAAUGCUGAUCCAGGAGGACCUGGGCAUGAUGCUGCUGGGAGCCAGAGAAGCCAUUUAUGCACUGGACAUGAGCGACAUCUCUGUCAAAAAGUCAGCGGUGUAUUGGAGAGUGACAGAGGAGAAGCAGAGGGAGUGCACCUACAAGGGAAAACAAGCUGAGGUGGAAUGUCGAAACUACAUUCGAAUUCUGCAUCGAAUAAAUGACACAACAAUGUACGUGUGUGGUACCAACGCAUUCAGCCCCACCUGUGACUUUAUGUCGUUUGAGCGCGGACAGCUGAGGCUGCAGGGGAUGCAGGAGGAGGGGAAGGGGAAGUGUCCUUUUGAUCCCUUUCAGAGAUACUCCUCCCUCAUGGUCGGAAAUGACCUGUAUUCUGCCACAUCCAUCAAUUUUUUGGGCUCAGAGCCGGUGGUUCUACGCAGCUCAAACGUGGCCCUCCGCACUGAGUUCAAGAGCUCCUGGCUCAGUGAACCAAACUUUGUCUACAUGGACUUUGUGGAAGAGAGUGUGGACAGUCCAGAUGGUGAUGAUGAUAAAGUCUAUUUGUUCUUCAGUGAAAAUGCCAUGGAGUAUGAUUUCUACAGUAAAGUAGCGGUGUCCCGAGUUGCCCGUGUCUGCAAAGGUGAUAUGGGGGGCCAAAGAACACUGCAGAGGAAGUGGACAUCCUUUGUAAAAGCUCGUCUGGACUGUGCCCUCCCUGAACCAAGUCUGCCCCCUAUAGUCCAGGAUGUGUUUCUGCUCAAACACAAAGACUGGAGAGAGAGUCUCUUCUACACAGUCUUCACUCCACAGUCGGGCUUAUCACAGGUGUCAGCUGUGUGUGCAUACAAGGUUUCUGACAUCCGACACAUUUUCACUGAGGGAAAGUUUAAGACACCUGUUGCUGUGGAGACGUCCCAUGUGAAGUGGGUGAUGUACACGGGAGAAGUACCUGUCCCCAGACCAGGAGGGUGUAUCAAUAAUGUGGCCCGUAAAAUGGGCUUGAACCGCUCCCUGGACCUUCCUGAUAAAACUCUUCAGUUCAUCAGAGAUCGCCCCCUAAUGGACGAUGCAGUUAGGCCCAUCACUGGAGAGCCGCUGCUGGUGAAGAGAGGAGCCCUGCUCAGUCGGAUCGUUGUGGACCGAGUUCAGGCCCUGGAUGGACAAACCUAUGACAUCAUGUUUAUUGGCACUGAAAAUGGGUACAUCCAGAAGGCUGUAAACUAUGGUGGGGAGAUGUUCAUCAUUGAAGAAAUUCAAGUGUUUGAAAACCAUGAUGCCAUCAACAUCCUGCGCCUCUCAUCCAGCUCUGGCCAGCUAUAUGCAGGCUCGGAGUUUAGCGCUGUGCAGAUGCCACUCAGUAACUGCAGCCGAUACGAGUCGUGUGUGGACUGUAUCCUGGCGCGGGACCCUUACUGUGCCUGGGACUUCUCCACUGGGCACUGCUCCUCUCUCAGCAAACCCUCCUCCAUAUCAACUACUGUGAUACAAAGUCUGAAGGAGGGUGAUGUCUCAAAGUGCCCUAAGCCAGAUCCUGUUGCAGCGACAGAUGUUGCUCUUACACCAGGAAACAAUGUACGACUGUCUUGUGAGCUUCACUCCAAUUUGGCACAAGUCCAUUGGCAAUUCAACCAUCAACCACUUCACUCCAAUGGGAAAUACUACAUUUAUAGUGGCGGCCUGCUCAUUUUGGACACCUCUGAAUCAGAUACCGGUCUUUAUAUUUGUGACUCUAUGGAGUUUAUUAACGGCAGGACAUACAACCGAACAAUGGCAGUUUAUAAUUUACAAAGAGGCGUAGACACUGGACAAGCUACUACUCCUGCUAAUAAGAAGACUACUGAUUUUGAUAAAUUUUUGAGUACUACUACACCAGAAAUUGGGAUUGUUGAACCACUAACUCCUGGAAAUCAAAAAGAAUAUGGAAAAAUGUCCAGCUUAGAGGUGGCCGUGACGCUGCUGUCUUUGCUGUGUCUUUCACUGAUAGGCGUUAUCUUGUAUAUUUGGGUGCGAGGACAUUUGAAGUGCCUCAAAAUUACACAGACAUCUAGUCAAAACGAGGCGAAGAGACAGCCCCCAGAGUACGUGCCCAUCCAAAACAGGGAUUCGGAAACAAAGCUGCUGGGACCAGUGCCGGGAACACCAUGCAUUUCCAAUAAUAAUCACUGCACCGUGGACUUCAAACAGAACGGUGUGCACCGCAUCACCUCCCUCGCCAACAUUUCAAGUCUGAAUGGUCUGGGAUACAUAAAUGAUGAGUCGGAAAUUUGAUACAGCCGAGGUAGUGUAUAAUUCAAACUAAGGCUGCAGACUAAUGUGCACUAAUUACAGGGUACCUGCACAGUUUUCUAGAUAAAUGUGAAAUCUAAAACCUAUUUAGACCUUUAGUGUAUUCAUGAUGACCAAUUUAAUGGCAAAUUCAAUUAACAAGUAAAAAGUAAUUCAUUAACCAGUUAAUAUCUGGAUGGCUUGAGCAUAAAAUUUGUAACUUUGCAAGCACUGACUAUGUAAAACUCAUAUUUUGUGGUACCAUUGAAUUAAAUCUCAGCAAAUAAUGUUUGGCAGGUUAUUCUACUCACAAAGUUAAUUUGUUAUCAGUAAAACCAUUGAUCUUUUCAAUCCAGUUUGUAGUACAAGGAUGCUACCUAUCAACAUUGCUAUGCUAAUAUGCUCCCACAGUUUAGCAGCUUGGGAUCAGUCAUAAAACUGAUUACAUUUUAUAAACAUAUUGUGGAUACAUUUCUUGUAUAUAGUAUGUACAGUUUAAUACAUUUUAUCUAUUUAUUUUUGCAAUGAAGUUUUGUAACAAAGGCCUCGCUAGUAACACUUUAACCACUGUGCAUUUCAUUUUGUGCAUUUCACAGCUCAUGUCAAUAAUUUGCAGGGAACCUUUGGGGAAGUAAGCUGUGUAAUGGUGCACUAAAAAAAAAAACAGAUUUAAAUAUGGGGAGGUUCUAAUUGUCUGAACUGUUAAAAAAAACUCAAUUUACAAACCAUUGAAAUGGUUGAAAAGUUUUCAAUUUUUUUUAUAUAAAAAUCAACAUGAACAUAUUUACUUCAAGAAUGUUUUCGAUGUGACAAACUUCUAUUGUAAACACUGCCAAGACUACAUCUCAACUACUCAGCUACUACUCUUGUAGGAAUAACCAGACUUUAUUUUUGUACAUUGUUUAAUUUUUUACAAUAAACAACUAUGAAAUAAAUUCAG